AUGGCUUCGAAGGUAUGUUUAAUAUUAUUUCUAAGUUUUUUUAUAAAUUUUACUAAUUUUAGGACGAACAACAAAGAAAAAAGAAGGAAUCUAUUGUGGAAUUGGCCAGAUUCAUCGACAAAAGAGUCCGUGUGAAGUUCCAAGGCGGCAGAGAAGGUAAAUUUUACAUUUUGAUUUUUGAUUAUGUUUUUAGGCGGAUAUUAAACUAGAUUUGAGGUUUAUUUGGUUGAUUUUAAGGUAUGAGAAAGAAAAGAGGUAUAGGUGUUGGAUGGGUCAUGGAGAAUAUAGUUUUGCCGCUGUUAGAGUUGGUUUUUGUCUUAGAUUGUUUCUUUGAAGUUUUAAAAAGUUAUUUUACAACUUUGAGUUAAUUUUGACGAUUCUAAAGACUAAAUUCGAUGGAUAGCGGUUAAAAAUUGAGAGUAAUAUCAGGUGUUGACAUGAAUAAUUUAAUUUUUUUUAUUAGAAGUUAUUCCUGGGUUUAGGUGUGUGUGUAAUAGCUUUUUCAUUGUGUUAUACAGUUUUUGUUAAGUUUGAGGAUUGUAGAAUUAAUAUUAAUUGUUUUAUGACUAAAAGUGUGGAAUAACAUCAAGUACUGUCAUAUAUAAUAAUGUUUUGGUCAAUAGCUUUUGGCUCAAUGUUUCAAUUUAUGUAAAACUGUUUGGAAGACUUAGAUAUACGUUUUUAGAAGCUACUAUUUGUAUAUAUACAUAGUUUCAUCUUCAAAAUUUAGUUCUCCGAUCUAAAUCUCAGUCCCACUCAUGACCAAUAUAAUUUUCUAAAUUCUAGCUACCGGAAUCCUAAAAGGCUACGAUGCGUUGUUGAAUUUGGUACUUGAUGAUACAGUGGAGUUUCUGCGAGAUCCAGAAGAUUUGUUACGAAUUACUGAUGAAACCCGGAGCUUGGGAUUGGUUGUAGCACGAGGUACGGCAAUCACGGUGGUGGCGCCGAACGACGGAGUGGAAAAUAUUGAGAAUCCUUUUGUUCAGGAAUAA